AUGGCGGCCGGAACCUUCCGCAGCAGCCUCGCCGCCCGGCUUUCAAAGGUUUUGGAUCUGCCACCAGAAAAUUUAAUAAAGUCCAUAUCUGCAGUUCCUGUCUCCAAAAAACGACGUGUUGCUGAUUUCCAGCUUUCCAUUGCUUCUGUAACAGAAGAUGGGUCUGGCAAUUGCUUAGCACAAGAUCUCCAGCUUCAAGCUCAGAAGCUGGCUGAAAGGCUAAAAUGUGAUGCUGUAGUAAGUGAAAUCAGUGCUGGUCCAGGAACAGUGAACUUUACAAUAAACAGGGAAUUAUUAGCAAAGACUGUGUUGCAGCAGGUGUUGAAAGAUGGCUCAGAGUAUGGAGUAAAAAGUGAACUUUUCUCUAGAGUGCCUAGACAAAAAGCAGUGAUUGAGUUCAGCUCCCCUAAUAUUGCCAAAAAGUUCCACAUAGGACACUUGCGUUCCACGAUAGUAGGGAAUUUUAUAGCAAAUCUCAAAGUUGCACUGGGACAUGAAGUGACAAGAAUAAAUUACCUUGGUGACUGGGGCAUGCAAUUUGGCUUAUUGGGUGUUGGUUUCCAAAGCUUUGGCAAUGAAGAAAAGCUAAAAUCCAGUCCUUUGCAACACCUUUUUGAGGUGUAUGUGCAGAUUAACAAAGCAGCUGAAGAUGAAAACACAAAAAAGCUGGCUAAGGAUUUCUUUAGAAAAAUGGAGGAACACGAUGAGCAGACAUUGUCACUUUGGAAACAAUUUAGAGACUUCAGUAUUGAGGAAUACGUCCGAAUUUAUAAGCGUCUAGGAGUGCACUUUGAUGAAUAUUCUGGAGAAUCAUUUUACCAAGAGAAGUCCCAGGAAGUUCUAAAGAUGUUGGAGGAAAAAGGACUCCUUCAGAAAACUAUAAAAGGGACAGGAGUUGUGGAUCUUUCAGAAAAGAAAGACCUCUCAUCGUUUUCCACUGUCAUGCGUAGUGAUGGGACAUCACUUUAUAUAACAAGAGAUCUUGCUGCUGCUAUAGACCGAAUGAACAGGCAUAGCUGGGACACUAUGAUUUAUGUGACAGAUAAAAGUCAAAAGAAUCACUUCCAACAUCUGUUCCAAAUACUGAAGCUCAUGGGUUAUGACUGGGCAGAAAGGUGCCAGCAUGUGUCUUUUGGUCUAGUUCAAGGGAUGAAGACUCGGAGAGGGGAAGUAAUUUUCCUGGAAGAUGUUUUGAAUGAAGCUCGUUCAAGGAUGUUACAGAACAUGGCCUCUGCAAAAACAACCAAAGACAUAGAAGACCCUAUGGAGACAGCAGAGAAAGUUGGUCUUGCGGCACUAAUAAUUCAGGACUUCCGGGGCCUUUUGUCGUCGGAUUAUCAGUUUAGCUGGGAUCGAGCUCUUCAAAGCCGUGGAGAUACAGGCGUGUUCUUGCAGUACACCCAUGCCAGACUCCACAGUUUAGAACAGAGGCAUGGGAAUGAGCAGGUAACUGGUGUUAAUGUGGCAUGCUUGCAAGAGCCUGAUGCCAUCUCUGUUCUUCAGCAUCUUCUCAGGUAUGAUGAGGUCCUAUAUAGAUCUUCUCAGGAUCUGCAACCCAAGCACAUUGUCAGCUACCUCCUCACUCUUAGCCAUCUUGCAGCUGUGGCACAUAAAACCCUUCCCGUGAGAGGCAGCGCCCCUGAACUAGCCCAGGCAAGGCUCUGUCUGUUCCAAGCUGCACGCUCGGUUCUAGCCAAUGGGAUGAAACUUCUCGGCAUUACACCUGUAACACAAAUGUAACAAGGCUGUGUGCAAUGUAAAGUCACAUUUCUUAGCAAAAGAAUUUUUUUCAAGAGAAUAUACUUUCCUGUGUGUCAUUGCUAAAGCAGCCUGGAAACCCUCUGUCUGCUCUUGGGGGUCUGUAUGGUCCAUGAUACCAACUGCAGAAGAGCCUGCCUUUGGGGAAGGCCAGGGCUGUCACAAUUGCUUUCUCCCAGGUACUUGGUCGUGGAUUUAAGACACUAGUCUACCUGGUAUUUCCCAUAAAAGAGGCUUGCUGUGUACUUAAUUACCUUUGUAAAUAUCCUUUUGGUAGAGGAAGUGGAAUUAACUGUGCAGCCCUAAGUAAUCAAAGUUCUCCCCUUCUGUGGUUGCUGUUGUGUACCUGGCCUUAAGGGCAGGGCAUCUUCAGGCACUCUACACAAUGUAACAGACCACACCUAAGAAUUUUUUUCCGUGUUGUGCUGCUACCCCUUCAGUAACAUUAGCCACGUCCUGUUCCUCACCCAUUCCUCUGCCAUGCCUUGAGGAGCAGGGACCAGAGGGUGUGCUGCCCAGCUGGUGGAACAGGAGCCUCUCCCUGCAGGCACAGCCAGGUGUGGCAGGUGGUGCCUGGGACCCCAGCCCUCAGUGCAGAGGAGAGGUGGGGUGUCCUGUGGCACGCAGGGCAGGUGGCUCUGAAACACCCUACAACACCAAAGCCUUGACUCACCAGAGCAGCGCUAUGGGGACACGCUGUUUGAAUGCGCAGAACAGCUGGCAGAAGGCAGAGCUGAGCAUCCUCUCCCACUGGAACAGAAUUUAAGCACGUUACUGCUGAACUCAUGGCUGAAGGAAUCUAACCAGGAUAUAAACUUGGUCACAUUUUUUACUCCACUUUGAAUGUAAACAAGUUGUCGAAAGCACCAAGUGUCAGUUUGCUCAGUGCAGAGUUGCAGUCUCUGGAAGGGUUGAACUGAGUGACACCUCAGAAAAUGAGGUAAGAGGUUGAAAUUAUCCAGUUGGCACUCAUAAAUUAAAUCAAAGCCUAACAUGCAUCACAGGAACUCUUUUUAAGCAUUCCUCUCUUAUGCACAAAGAGUUUUAGAGAUAAAAUGUAGAGAAAAAAAUACUCCAGUCAGACACUUUGUGUUGUCCCAUUCAUAAUUAAGCUAGAGCUAAGUGUAAGCAUCUGACUGCAUGGAGGGAAAACAAGAUUAUUAAUUCAUUCCAUCAUAAAGGCACUGGAGAAGUACUCUGUUCAUCUUGUAUGUAUCACCUAGAAGAUAAAUUUUUCCUGUCCCUAAUCAAACUGCAAUUGCUAACUAGGGUAAGAGAAAACACUGGCAGUAAUUGCUCUUUUUAAUAUAUUUUUAUGAAGCUUUUUGGCAUUUCUGCCCUCAAAGGGCAAGACAGUUUAUCAAAUACACAAAGAACCAAUAUCCCUCCAUUAUAUACAUUAUAUACAGUUGAGUGUUCAGUUCAUUCAUUCUGUUUUCUUUGUAAAUGGGCCUCAUCACUGUCCCAUGUGAGUGAAGACCUUCAAUACCAUCCUUGUCCAGCUCCUCGGCUCUCAUGUAGCCCCAGCAUCAGCCACAGGAAACUUCACAUGUAGAACAGAACUAACUUCUUGAGCCUGCCCCACUUAAACUAUUUCAUGACUAGCUUAAGGCUAAUUUUUAAAAAAUGCAUUUGUGGUUUUUUUUAAAGUCUUUUAUCUUUGUCCAUUUUUAUGGACAAUGUCACAUAGAAACAAGUCUCUCUUUUGAGCUCGUAGUCUCUGAUGGCUGAAUUUUUGUGGUGUCUUGUCGAGGUAAUCCAUAGAGGUAAAUAGAAACACACACCAGUAAAGCACCCAGGGAGAAGGUAACAGCUGAAAGGAGACAAAAAUAAGUUUAUUUUUUUAAAUAAAUACACCUCCAUUUAAGAAACCUUCAGAAGACAAAGCUGUAUAAUUUAUGAUGACAUCCGAAUGAUAAUAUUAAAGUUACUUUAAACAGGACAACAAGCUGUUUCUAAUUGACAGAAUCUAGAUUAAUCCUCUGUCACUGAGAACUCCUGAGUGUUUACACCUCCCACACCAUUUCAAUUAGUGUCACAUCAGCAAGAAUGUGAUGGUCAGAAAAGCAAGUGUGAGACAUCUGUAGUUCCAGUGCCCACGUGACAGGCUUCCUUUACAGUAAGCUUGAGAAGAAAGACACAAUGGAUGGGAUAAAGUAGCUUGUGAUAACACACUUGGUUUGCCUUUUCACUUCCAGAUAGGGUUAAGAAAUACUGUCAAUGAGGCUUUCACCAAGAGAUCACCACCAGUGCAGGUUUGAUUUGCGUCAAGCAUCAAAAUAACCCACAUUCUGCACAAGUAAGUUUUAAAUUACUUUUGUUUUUCAUCCCUUGCUAUAAGGGAUGCUCUUUUCUUUCAAACAAACAAUGGCAGUUUUCUUAAGCAAGUUUCGUCUCACUAAUGCCACAUCAAAAGGCUAUUUUUUUCAUCAUCACACCAUACCAUCUUUGGGUGACAGUAGGAAAGGACAGUAGUUUGCAGGACAGCACAAAGCAGUCUGCUGUUUCCUCUCACCACAUCAGUCACCACCCCAGCUGCUGCUUAACUCGCCCUCACGUGGUGCUGGCCACAGCAAACAGGGAAGGCAAAACUUAGCGGGUGUAAUUGAACAGGGAUGGGGCAAAGCCUUUGCAGGAACAGCAAAGGAAUUAAUUUGGCACUGGCUGAACUAAAACCAACAAGAAAUGAUGACUUAUCAACAGCAGUGGUAGGUAAACAGCUGUAUCACAUACUAAACUGCACUGGAAAGUGAUUCAUGCAUAAAGCUAUAUAAAUACGUAAGGUGUUUAAAUAGGAAGGAACCUUCCCAUAUGCGACUGCAGGUGACCUCUGAAAGAACAAACUGUGAUACCUUUGAAAGCACAGGAUCAUCAGGCACCUUGUGCAACACAACAGGGACAAUGCAUUAGUGCACAGGAGUCCUGGAGAAGACUUGAGUUAAAACCAGAAAAAAAGCCAGAGGAGGCACAAAGGAUUGCUUUGGCAUGAAGUGCACACAGCCAGCCAGAAGGAAACCUAUGUGUAAGGUCAAAUCAGAGGCAAAAAGGUACUUACUUAUCUGGAGGCCAAAGAGGAGGACUGAUGCCACAGUAGAAAUAACAAUGGCUGCAGCUGCAGAGAAGCCUUUCAUAAUGUUAUCUGUGUACUUAACAACCACUGAAGUGUAGAGGCCACCUACGCUGGCGAGAACUGGAAAGGAGAUAAUAUUUUUCUAUUAGUUAAGGUGCAGUAGGUGACUCUUUAAUGGAGCAUUUUACUCCACUGGUGUAUUCAUUUGGGCUACCCUGUCCUGAUUGGUGAUUUAAUGCAACAUUCAGCAAAAUGGGAUGUCUACACAGCACCUAGAUCAGAUAUGACUCAUUUAAAGAUGAUCUACUCGCUAUUCAGUCAAAUCCCCCUCUGCCCUGGCGAAACCCCACCUGGAGCACUGUGUCAGGUCUGGGGCCCCAGCAUAAGAAGGACAUGGAGCUGUUGGAGUGAGUCCAGAGGGGGGUCAAGAAGACAGUCAGAGGGCUGGAGCACCUCUCCUGUGAAGACAGGCUGAGAAAGUUUGGUUUGUUUCGCCUGGAGAAGAAAAGGCUCCAGGGGAACCUCAGAGCAGCCUUCCAGUACCUGAAGGGGCUACAGGAAAGCUGGGGAGGGACUUUUUACAAGGGCAUGGAACGAGAGGUUAAGGGGAAAUGGCUGUUAACUGGAAGAAGGGUGAUUUAGAUGGGAUAUUAGGAAGAAAUUCCUUACUGUGAGGGAGGUGAGACACUGGAACAGGUUGGCCAGGGGAGUUGUGUGUGCUCCCUCCCUGGAAGCUUUCAAAGCCAGGUUGGAUGGGGCUCUGAGCAGCCUGGUCUAGUGGGAGGUGUCCUUGCCCAUGGCCCUAGACAAUCUUUAAGGUCCUUUCCAACUCAAACCAUUCUAUGAUUCUGUGAUUGAGACUGCUGUUUCAGCACAUUUUUAAAUUGAACAAGUGAAUAAUUUCCAAGAUAACUGUACUCUAAAAAAACCCUCAAAACACAGUAAAGAACAGUGGGUUAGACUGAAUUUGCAGUUCUGUGCAAUCAGUUAUAUCAUAGGUAAAAAAGCAAAACAGCGUAAGGAGAUACUUACAGAUGACAAACCAGACGUAGUAAGUAUAGCCAUAGAAGAACCCCUUCUCAAGAACUUGGGCUCCAUCUGACAUGUACACACCAAAUAAAGUCACCACAAUCCCAGAUAAGUACAUCUGAAUAUUCCUCACCCACAAGGAAGUAUCUGAACUCUUUAAGACCUUCUCAAAAUAAACUCCUAAAAAAAAAAAAAAAAAGUUUCAGUGAGAUGAAGUGUCUUCCUUACUGACUCAUGGUUUACAGUGUUUCAAAGCUGGACAAGGCUACUGGAAUCAUUUUGUCCUACACUCCAUUUCACAAAGCUCCCAAUGCAGAAGGCCCCAAAACACAUCCUGCUACCAUGUGUCUUUGAGAACAGGAUAAUUUUAAUGGGUACAUAACAUCAAAAGUAGAUUCUAUUUCUCUUUACAGUUGUUUUAACAGUGAACCUCAGCAACAAUUAUAACUAAUCCUCAUUUGUGUUUCUUUUGUCAGGCUUCUGUCCAGCAGAGCUUCUUCUGUACAAUUCCACACCAAAAAAAAAAAAAAAAAGCAUUGUACUGGUAUUUUAUCCCCAGGACAUUAUUUAUGUAUUUUAUUAUGAUGUAGAACUUUCUUUUUCUCCAUUGGGAUACUUAACAGUAAAAAAUUAAACCAGGGGUGGGACUAUAUUACCUUAGCCCUGAGACUGAACAUUCCUCAGAAGCCUUGUGCUUGCAGAGCACUUGGCAGAGUGGUGAUGUUCUGAAACCACAGCUUCAGGGCAUUACAAAAGCAAAUCAAAACUGAUGUCUUCUGCUAAUUGAUGUUACAGAUUAGUUUUGAAUUAAUGGAAUUCACUUUAAUCUAAAGCUGUCUUUCACAGUGCCACACUGAUGAACAUUACUUUUAUGCUCUGCAUUACUGAAAUUCCCCAAAUACUUUUUCAUUAAUUCUACUCAGGAGAUGAAUUUCAGACUUAAAGGCCAACAUCUGACAAGGCCAUCACUGGCUGCCUUGUUAACCAUUGCUCCCACACCAGGACACUGCUAAUCUCUGGAAUUUCCUUCCCAUUUUAAAACAUAGACAACAGUUUGCAGGACCCAGAUCUUCUCAGCCACUUCUACAACUUCCUGGUGUGAGUCCUACUGACUAAGUGCUUGUUGCUGAUUAAUGUCACUCAGGAUCUUUUAUACAAUAUGAUGUAAGUAUAUGGAACUGACAGGGACAGCACAGAGGAAAGACCUGAGGAUUAGAAGCCUUAGGCACACGCUCCUCCUCCUGAAAUCACAGUUAGCUUCAAGGAAAUUCUUGCUACUCUUCUAUUAAGGAAAAAUCCAAUUUAUAAUUUAAUACAGUAUAUGGAAUAUUUAUGGAAAACAAAUCAGAGAUUUAAAUUUCAGGGGUUCAAAGAAUACUAAUACAUUUCCUUUGUUUUCUUUCAUACAAAUACACAUUUUUAAAGCCUCAACAUUAACAAAACCCUAGCCUUGUUGAUGACUGCAGUGCUUAAUAGAACCCACAGUAGUUUUCUGCCCACUGAGAAGACCCACAAAGCCACAGCCAGAUGUAAUCAAUGUACCAGAGUAUGACAUGUACUUGUAAACUUCAUAAUUUGUUAUAGAACAAGUAAGUCAAUGAAAUUACGCUUUCCCCAAAAAUACAUUAAAAAAAAAAAAUCACUCCACUGGGCAAGAUGAAGGAAAUAAUGGGUGCUACUUAGGAGAAAUUAUUCUUCAGUACUGUUUCAAGUUACAAAAGAUCUGCCAUCUGUCCAAAGCUUUUGUAUGCAUGGUUGGGCUCCUGGGUGCUUGAAAAUUAUCAGAUCAGCAUUUUGAAGAAAAAAUGUUUUUCCAACUCCAAGGGACAAAAAAACCCACCUAUUUUUUAUUAUUAUUAUUUUUUUUACUUUGACAGCUUAAUAUGAAACAUGGUCAGUCCAGAAAGAGAAGGUUUAAUGCCAAAACAACUUCCUCAUGUGGGCGUGGGAAGGAAAAAAGAGGAAAGGGGUUUAAAUAGGAUUUAUGUGUUCAUCACAUAAAGCCCCAAGGGCACAAGGAGCUCCACGGCUGAAGUGCUGUGUCCUCCCAGCUGCCUCAGAGCUACAGAUGUCAGUGAGGAAACACCCAAACUGCAAUCCUUUUGCUGGAGAGGAAAACUUUGUGUCUAAAUCCUCUGGAGCUGCCCACAUCAGCCCUUUGACUGGUCUGAACUUGCAGACCUUUAGAAGCACAACUAUGGCCCCACACUCUCAGAGAAAGCUGGAGAGCUUUAGGAGACUCUGAAGGCUUCACUGUGAAUGCUGUGUUUUCUCUCAUGGCUUGGGAGCAUCUACUAAAAUGAGUAAAUUUAUAAUCUUCCAGAAAAACUUGACUGUGUUCUACACAAUUUUAUUUAGUAUUUCUGCUUCAAAGUGCCCAUUUCACUGAAAAGACACCAAAGAAGAACAUCUUGCUCUUUUACCUCCCUGCCAGCAAGAAUGUUUUCCAAGAGUAACAAGCAUGUGCACACAGCACAAGACUAUUCUUGAAGAACUAUAUAGUGCUAGAGGUGGGUAGUAGUACCUUGUUUUCUUACAGAGGUAGGGGGAAAAAUCCAGUUUACAGACAGGAAAAUAAGCCCCUGGGAACCAGAUUUCAAAUUAAGUAGUAAUUUGUAUUUUCUUAUUUCUUAGCACCUGCUCUCUUGUCCUCCAGUUCUGAUCUCCUUCUGCAGAAGCCAGAGAAAAACUACUCUGAGGGGAAAUGCUAUUUGUAAAAAGACCCAAAUAAAACAAACUAUGACAACAACAAAAGCAAACCAAACAAAAAAACCCCACAACCAAUAAUCCUUCAUGGAGUUUGUCUAGGUUUCCUGCUACUCUGUCUUCCUCUCUGCCUUACUUUUGCUCCUUCUGCAUCUCAGUUAAGUUUCUUCACCUACAGGACCUCAGCAAUGUGUAUUUUGGAGCUGAGCUAGCACAAGCACUGAGUGAAGAACUUGGCUCCCCUUACAAAAAAAGGCAACUACUUCAUGUAAUCACCAUAAGGGAGCUAUUCACUGCAAAGCCAACUUGAUAAAACUUAUGUACAUUAAUUAAUUGUACUGAGUUAUUAUGGAUGUUCCCCACAGAUUUGUUCCAAGCAUUUGAAAGAUGCUUUGACUUGAAGACCAGCUUUCUAAGCUGCAUCACAUAAAACCAAUAGUAUGUGCUCCUAGUCAUUUGCUUGACAACUGGAGUAAUCAUGUAAUGAAUCUGUCAUAAUUACUGCAAGGUAAUUGUGAGCAGAGGGGAUAAUGUCCUCUUUUAAUCUUAUAAUCAGUGAAGACAGUUAACUGCUGUAGAAUGUUCUGUUUUAAACAUCAUGAGCUCUCCAGUCCUUUUGAUGUGACCUGUGUACAGGAAUAAUACUAUACCUGCAAAUCCUGAACAUAAUACAGCAACAGCAAUGGCUCCAAACCCUAGCAAUGGAUUCUGCUCCACCUGCAACAUCAACCAUUAUUUUAAAAAUAAUGCAACUUUUCAGUAACUUACAAUCAUCAAUUCCAGAGCUACUUUGUUACAUGCAGCAAAAUUAUUAGCACUUCAUUCCAGUAUAACAUGUAUUUGCUCAGCCAGAGCUGCCCUUCUGAUUAGCUCAAUGUAGCUGAUGUGUGGAGUUUCACUACCCACAUGUGACCUUAGCAACCCCUGCAGUGCUCAGAGGCACCAUCCACUUUACUGUGGCUGCUCUUCCCAGCUGUGUGACCUGCCCUUCCCACUAAGGCCGCUGACCAGCAGCUAAGACCUAAGAAACAGAAGACACUGUUUUCUCCUAGAACGAGAUUAGGUCAGUGUCUCUGAAGGGUGUGUUUUCACUCCUAAUCCCACCAAGUGUUUUGAUGCCAAGUUCUCUGCUCCAACAAUUAAACUGAUACCAGGGCCAACUGCUGGAAACACUGGAUCACUCAGAUACUUCUAUGAUGGUGCAUUAGACUGAUUAUGAUGGCAGUGGUAAUUUAUACUAAUUGGAGCAAUAAAGUGCCUUUCCAACAAGGGAGACUGGAACAAUACCACAAGACUGCCUGAACUGGUACACAAUAAAUGUGAAUGAUCAAACUAGUGCUUAUGUUGAAGAUGAAGUCGCUGGAAACAGGAAACAGGUGCUGCUGUAUGGAAUGUCAGAGACCUUACCUUAAUCCCAGCUGCUGUGAAAUGAAAUAUGAAGUAUAAGGCAGUUUAUUCUUCAUGAUGAAGUGGCAAAAUGUAAACUCUUACCUGUACUUUGGUAGCCUGAGCAGGGUUCCACUGGACAAGGGUAACACCACCACACAGCAUGAAGACAGAGAACCACUGCAGCUUACUAAGGGUGCGGUUUAGCAUCAGGACUGUACAUAAAGCUGUACAAGGGAUCUUCAGCUGGUAUGUCACCUAAAGAAGAUGGGAAUAUAGCACAGAGGAUGUGGCUUUAUCAACUCCUCCAAAACCAAGAAAACAAAAUAGAAGAUUCAACUACAGAGUGACAAAAAUUUGAAUUCACUGGUUUCCUACAGAUCUUUGGGGCUUUGUACCACUGUAAAAUGUAUCAAUGUGAAUCUGAAGUGAUUCUAGGAGUGAGUGUGUUAGCUCAGAAAAGCAGAGCUCUGCAACACAGUGUAUGUUCUCAAGGAAAGCCAAGAGAUGCUUUGUUGUAUCACCAAAGCUGAAGAGAGUACCAUGUGCUGGGCAGACAGAUACCUAGCACACAUGCCUCAUGAAACAGUAAAAAGAAAUGUAUUUGCAGAUCUGUUACUGACAAAAACAUGUAUUACCUGGUAGACUGCUGCAUCCAAGUUGCUAAGAGCCACAAAUGCCAUAUUAUUUUGGAGAGCAUACACCAAAGAUGGAACACUUAAUUUUAGCAAUUCUUUAUGACUUCCGAACACAUUUUCUUUUAAAGAUGUUAUUAACCUUGCCAGACUCCCAGUUUCUCUGCAAAAUAAAAUAUUAAUGUAACUGA